ACUUCCACAUCUGUCCGCACCUUUAUCUCGUCGCCCAUUUAUUGCUGCUUCAUUCUAUUAUCAUUUUAUCAUUUUAUCAAUUGCCAUUGGCCGAUUCAAAUUGGUAAUAAAUUUUGGCAAUAAAUCAUGAGAAAUUUGAACUUAAUAUUAUUUACGGCCUUGGCAGCCGUAACCUAUGCUAACGUCCAACCUCAUGAUAUUAGUCAAAAUGGAGCAGUUAAGGAUGGUAAUCAUUUAAGGAUUGACCUGAAUGAGACCUCAUCCGUGGAGCUUAUGGACAAAUGGUUGUCCCAGGCCUUCUCCGGACUUAUGGCGGCGGUGGCCUCUAAGAAAAUCGCCAAAAUGCCAGCAGAGCAUCAAAAUAUUGUGCAGCAAUGCUCGAAAGACGCAAAGGAUGUUCGGGAGCAUGCCAAGUGUCUUGUGAAGCUUCUCGAUGCUGAAAAAUCGGGAAAACUUGGAAGAAAGCAGUACCAGAAAGUGGUGAAGUCUCCAGAAACUAUCGUUUUACCUGAAAAUCCAAAAAUGCUGACCAAAAAGGAUUUGGAAAAGGCUGAAAAUGCUGGAGCUGCUGAAAAUAACGAGAAUCUGGAAUGGAUCGGCUCCUUCGGAACAGCCCGUGCAAAGCGCUCCUACAAAGUCGUCCAUCGUGACAGUUACGCCUUGAGAUCCACGGAUGACGUCGAUGGUAUGACAAAGCUGGCGAAAUCCCUUACAAAUACCGUUAGAGCUAUGAAAAAUAAGACGGAGCGAGCCGAGCCAUGGGUUGAAGCUGUCGGACGUAUCAAGAAGCUUGGAGAAGAGGCGAAACGGGAGAAGAAGAACCGUGAAGUUAUGAAGAAGAGACUGAAGCAGAUGAUUGAUAAUACACCGGCCGAGUUUGUGGAUCCACGGAAGCCGGUGGCUUUGAAGCAGGCAGAGAUGGAAGACGAGAACAAUGAAAUCGCAAAACUUAUGCGCAAGAAGGAAGCCGACGAGAUCCGUGUUCCACUGAAAUUCCUGAGAAAAGCUGUGAAGACAGCUCUGAUGCUCGGCGGCCAAAAUGUGACGGAUUUCGAUCAAAAAACGCUGAAAAUGGUCUCACCACGAAUGAUGUCGAUUGUUCCAGAGCAGGAGGAUGAGAGUUUGUUCAAUCUCCUCUCGCCAUCCUUAUUCUCGCUUCACGACGAGGGAGAAGGCAUCGAGAAGCUCACCUCACUGCCGCAUUUGUUGAAAAAACUGGAUAACCACGGACAAAAUGCCUGGAUGGAUUUUAUUGUGGAAGCCGCUGGCGUCAGUGAUGAGGUGACCAAGACUGAAAAGGUGUUCCGCGAGAAGAAGGAGAAGGAGUUGAGAGGAACCGAUGGAGUUCCACUUUACUUUACUAAGGAAAACGCCACAAAAAUCCUGGGAAACGAGGAAAAAUCAAAAAUCGAAGUUUUCGAGGAUCUCGAUAAGUCAUACAGUGAAGAGCAAAAGAAGAAGCUUAACGAUGAUGGAUUCGCAUUUUUGACUGAAAAACAAAUGGAAAGACUCUACGGAAAGGAAAGCCCGUACAAGCAUACAAAGGCGUUGAAGAAGUUCAAGAGACUGAGAGAUGACCCAGAGAAAUAUAUUGAGAAGGACAUCCGCGCCCUCGCUGAAGCCGAAAAGUUCCGAGUUGCUCGCCGAGCCGACAUCGUCUCCUCUCCAUUCAUCCUAACCCCUCUCACCUUCGCCUCGGCCCCUCUCUCCAACACAUUCAUCGUCUUGUCCCCACUGGUCCUGUCCCCAAUCACCCUGUCCCCAGCCGUCUUGGGACCAAUUAUCCUGUCCCCUUGGGUCUUUGUCCCACUGAUUCUGUCCCCUCGUGUCCUCUCUCCCCUGAUUGUCAAUCCCCUCGUCUUCUCUCCAAUCAUCCUGUCUCCACUGGUUCUCCAUCCGCUGAUCCUUGUCCCAGGAGUGUUCAAUCCGAUCAUUCUGUCCCCAUUGGUGUUGUCCCCGUUGAUCCUGUCCCCACAGGUGUUCACCCCAUUGAUCUUGUCCCCGUUCGCUUUGAAUCCUUUGAUCUUGACACCUAUGGUCGGAUCCCCGCUGAUCCUGUCCCCAUUCGUCUUGUCGCCAAUUAUUCUGUCGCCACAGGCGUUGUUCGCGGUCGUGUUGUCCCCGUACGCCCUGUCCCCACUGGUUGAGUCAAAGCUUAUUGCUGCUGAAGUUGUGUUGUCCCCAUCAUGGCUUUCAUAGGCUUUUCGACCUAAAAUCCCAACCACUAAUCGAGUAGAAAUACGUGCAAUAAUAAUUUAUUUAAUUUAUAGUAUGUUACCUAUUAAUUCAUUUUCAAACUUGUUACAUAUCAGUUCAAUAAACCGCAUUUUAAUAUAAAU